AUGGACGACAUAGAUGACUCUGACAGCCCGCCUCCCCUACUAGAUGUAAAUGCGGAGGACUUAUCGGCUCCAACUUCCUCAUCGUUCAAGGUCCCAAUAUCCAUCAUUACCGAGUUCGGAAACACUGCGGAUAUUGAGAAGUCAAUAUCUGUAAAUCAGGAUGAACAGAAGACCGAAGAAUGGAUUCCACUAGCCAAUGGAUGUCUCUGCUGCAGCAUCAAAGAUUCCGGGGUGGCGGCCCUGGAAGCCCUUGUUGAACGCCAAACAGAGAAAAAGUUCGAUUACAUUCUCCUGGAGACUACCGGCGUUGCAGAUCCGGGCAACAUCGCGCCCAUGUUCUGGAUGGAUGAGGGCAUCGGCAGCUCCAUCUACCUUGAUGGCAUCGUCACGGUCGUAGACGCCAAGAAUAUCCUCAAGAGCCUAGACGAGCCGUCCCAGGAGGAGAUCCCAAAUGAAGAGGAUCAUGCUCACGGCUCAGGUCCACUGAUGUCCACUGCCCAUUUGCAGAUCUCACACGCUGAUGUGAUCCUACUGAACAAGACCGAUCUGGUAGAUGCUGACCAGCUGAGCCUAAUCCAGGACCGAGUUCGGUCGAUCAAUGGCUUAGCAAAGAUCAUUCCUACCAAACACUCGAUAGUGGAUGACCUGUCUGGGACAGUUCUCGACCUCGAAGCUUAUUCCACAUUUCCGACAGUCCCGCCAUUCCACGCCAAAGGCCACUCGCACCUUGAUCCAUCUAUCUCUACCGUCACCUUGUCACUCCCCGCCUUCGAGCUGCAGAAAUUGCCCAUGCUGGAACACUGGCUACAGAGCGUUUUAUGGGAUGAAGGAGAGCCGAAACCAUACGAGAUCCAUAGAACGAAGGGUUUCAUCCCGGUCACAGAUGGAAAUGCAAGAGUUGUGCAAGGCGUACGAGAGAUUUUUGAGAUCAUCGAGACCCAGCGACCAGCCGAGAGCGAAGGCAAGAUUGUCUUCAUCGGACGGUACUUGGAUAAGAUACCUGGCUUCUCAUCGACAGCAUGA